AACGGGGGCCAGGAGGAGGGGCAGCGCCGUGGUUCCAGGACAUGAAUGAAGCAUGUUCGGUACCGGAGGCUUCGCUCUCCCCGCCUGCUGCCUCCUGCUGCUGCCGGCUCUCCCGCUGACCUGCGGCCGCUCCACAGAGGAGGACGUGUUUCAGUGGUGGGGGGAGUGGUCUAAUUGGUCUUCAUGCUCCAGAAGCUGUGGAGGAGGAGUAAGAAGUCAAGAGAGACACUGUCUCAUACAGAGGCUUUCUACCACCCAGAAUGUGAACAGCUCAUAUUGUGUUGGCUCACCAAAACAGUACCAGCUUUGUCUAAAAAAGCCAUGUCCAAGUCCCAGUGUUAGCUUCAAGCAGCACCAGUGUUCCCAGUUCAACUCUAAAGUAUUUGGAAUAAGUUAUUACCAGUGGAUCCCACUUUACUCAGCUGACGACGUGAGCAUCUCCAAUAAGCCAUGUGACCUGCAAUGUACGACUGAUGGUGGCGAGCGCCAGUUGCUUGUUCCGGCUCACGAUGGCACAUUCUGUCAUGAUGGCAAACACCAUGGAGUCUGCAUUGAUGGCAUCUGUCAGCCGGUAGGCUGUGACGGGCAGCUGUACAGCACAAAGGUUGUGGACAGAUGUGGGAAAUGUGGCGGUAAUGGAACGACAUGUCAGCGCGUCACAGGAUCCUACAGGAAGGCAUUCACACAGUUAGGUUAUGUGUUCAUCACCAACAUCCCAGCGGGAGCUUCAGACAUCCAAAUCAUAGAGAGGCACAAGACUGAGAACAUACUGGCCUUGUCAGAUGAAGCAGGACGCUUCUUCUUCAAUGGAAAUCCCGUCUUUGACAAUCCACAAAACUUUCAUGUGGCGGGAACAGUGUUCAAAUACAGACGUCCGAGCAGUGGCUUCUCUGAGGGGCUGGAGUACAUGACCGCUCAGGGGCCCACAGUGCAGGCCCUCAAUGUUAUGUACUACAAUCUGAAUGGAAAACUUUCCCAUAUCACAUACCAGUACACCCUCCCACUUGUGCCUCACAACAUCUCUGCUUCUGAAGCUGUCUCCAGUGGGCCCCCACACCUUUACCUUAACCUCACCACAGAACAAGUACCAGAGACCGCCACAGGGGCCCAGAGUGGCUCCAGGAACCAAAGCAGAUGUGAGGCAUCUGCACAUUGCUUCAACAGCCUUCUUGAAGCAGAGGAACCUUUGGAGGAAGAUGAGGAUAAAAAGGAUGUGUGGGAGGCCCAGACACGGACCCCUUCUCCCUCUACUAAUGGGGUUCGGGUCCACAGACCAGUUGAUGCUGUGUUGAGUGGCAAUGACGUGGUACACGAGAAGGCUUCACCACCGACCGACUUCAGCAGUCGGAGCCUUUACUCUGCUGCCCUCUCAGACGUUGCCCCCUACACGUUACGGGGGGAUUUGCAUCGCAACCAGACGAGCGUUCACUCUGUCAAACACACACUUACAAAUUCACAAGCACCAGCCGCCAAAGACCCGGAUCCUGACGCCCACAAGACAACAGCUGCCCAGAGAGCCGGCACUGACAGCAACGAUGUGCCGCUGCAGCGCCGCAUCAGUCCCGCUGACAUGUAUCGCUGGAAGGUGUCUGCUCACGCCCCCUGCAGCUCCACCUGCACAGCAGGUCUGUCCAGCAGCUUUGCCAUGUGUGUCCGCUACGAUGGUACAGAGGUGGAUGAUAUGUACUGCGAUUCUCUGACCCGACCAGAACCCACCCACGAGUUCUGCAGUGGGAAGGAAUGUCCUCCACGAUGGGAGACCAGUGGGUGGAGCCAGUGCUCUCGGACCUGCGGGGAGGGGCUUCAGUACCGCACCGUGAGGUGCUGGAAAAUGCUGUCUCCGGGCCUCGACUCUUCAGUCUACGACUCGCUGUGUUUGUCACAUGACCUCCACAGACCAGCCAAUAGAAAGCCUUGCUUUGGCCAAAGCUGUGGACCGCAGUGGGAGGUGUCGGAGUGGACGGAGUGCUCGGCACGCUGUGGCUCACAGGGCCUCCGAACGCGAGACGUUCGUUGCUCUUCCGACAGAAGGAUGUGCAACCAGACCUCCCAACCAGCAGACAGAGAGGAAUGUGAGGGGCCGCCCUGUGACCGGCGCUGGACAGUUUCUGACUGGGGACCUUGCUCGGGUGCAUGUGGGGACGGACGGAUGCUGCGCACCGUGACGUGCCGCUCAUCGGAGGGGUUAGUGAUGUCAGAGGAGCAGUGUGACCAAUUACUGCGGCCGCUCACAGUUUACCCCUGUGGUGACAGAGACUGCGCCCCCCACUGGGUGGAACAGGAGUGGCAACAGUGUAAUGUGACGUGUGGGCGUGGCCUGAGGCGGCGUCGGGUGGUGUGUGCAGGCCUGGAAAGAGGCACAUUCCGAGAGUUUCCAGACAGCAGCUGUGACCCAGACAAGAAACCAGAGAGCACGUCUUCAUGCUUCCAGAGACCCUGCUCCAAAUGGUUCAGCACUUCCUGGUCCCAGUGCAGUAAAACUUGUGGAAGCGGUGUCCAAGUUCGAGAGGUGAAGUGCUACCAGGGAGGGGAGCUGGUUACCCGGGGUAACAACUGCUACCCUCUUCUGAAGCCAGAAACUAGACAAAACUGCAAAAUCCAGGACUGUCCUGCAGACGCACCAGCAGCAUCUGUCUCAGCAGACGCGUUCUGCCAGGACAAGCCAACAGCCAACUGUGCUUUAGUCCUGAAGGUGAAGCUUUGCUCACACUGGUACUAUCGGCAGGCCUGCUGUCAGGCCUGUAAGACCCCCCCAAACUGAGAUGCAACCAUCACUAACGUCUCAUUCCCACCCGCCGUGACCUGCUGUCCCCGCCCACAGAGUGGGCCCCCGUCCAGGAUCCAUGCAAAGAGACAGGGAUCCCUUAGUGAUCCGCCAGUUUAGUUUCAAUCUGUCCUUUACAUCGUUGACCCUGAACUGUCAUCUGUACGUUUUUGUUCUUUGACCACCCAAACCUCAUGAAUGCAGUUUGUCCAGAAACACACCAGAGUCUUCAUGAAAACCUUUGUCACUAUCCUGAAUGAGUCCAUGCAAACGUUUUCCUUCAUCUACCUCUACUGUUUAAAGUCUCAGAACCAAGAAGUGAGACUGAGCAUCGAUGGAGAUCUCAUUCAUCCAGGAGGCGAGGAUGAAACUGGACUUAAAGUCUUCUACGAGUCUGUUGAUCUUUUUGCUGGACGAGAGAAAGACUGGAAGGAUUUUUGUCAAACAGGAAGAUGACUCUAGAGAACUCGCCUUAGCUCUGAAAGUUCUGCUACAUCAGUUUUUAGGCCUUUAAGUGGAACAAAUAACACUCACCGAUGCUCAUGUCAUGAAGAAGACUUUUGUUUGUUGAACUGCCUGACAUUUCUGUCAGGCAGUUUGACUUUAAGAUUAAAGCACGACUCAAACAUUGUUAACCA